ACCAUGUAUUUACAAUUUUGCCAUCCAUUUUCUCUACUCACUUAAUAUAAUACCUCUGGAAACCAAAAAGUACAUUACACAAUCCCCAGACAUUUUUCUGGGUGAUAUGCAUAGAAAUGGAUUUUAGUCAGAAAGAACAACGAGAUGGGGAAUCCCCAGACAUUUUUCUGGGUUAUCUGCGUAGAAAUGGGUUUUAGUCAGAAAGGGAGAUGGAGGUGGUUAGUUUGAUGAUGGCUCGACGUGGAAUUUGCAGAGAAGAAAUCUCUCUUUCCUUGUACAGAAAGCUCUCUCUUUCCUUAUUUCUCUCUCUCAAGAUGGGCCCAGCAAGAUGAUCAAUCCAUACCCAUCUGUCACGUAUUCUCUCUUUCUCCUUCUACCUCUUCUCUCUGCCAACAACUUUGUAAAGCACUCAACUUCCACUUUGACACUCCUCUCCCUCUCUCUGGCUUCUUCCUCCACUUUAUAAAGUCUUCCUUGCCUGUCCCGUAAGAAUUUUCGCCUUAAUAAAGUAAUGGGUUGAUGCUAGAUAAGCAUUUGCCAGUCUUUUUCGUUGUCAAAAGAUACCCACCCACUUUGAAAAAAAAAAAUCUUGUUUUUGGCUCUGUCUGUACAUGUUGCUGUUGAACUGUAAUUUGGGUUUCAUUUCCCUGCCUUUGUAGUUCUUCUUCUAGAAUUUUUUGACGUUUUUGAUUAAUUUGGGGAAAAUGGAUUUGGUCCUUGUAUGUUGACACUCCGCAGUGAAGUGGAGGUAUUUUCUGUCAUUUCGUUCCUUUUAAUAAGAUAACAUUGUGGGAGAGACUUCAUAUACCUGAAUUGUCUCUUUGAUUGAAAUAAGUUCAUCGAUUCCCUGUUGAAUGAGUGCCUUUGGGAUUUGGUAUCAGCGAUUCAGCAUCCAAUUUGGUGGUGUUGGAGUGAAUUGUUGAGCUAUGACCCAAUAAUGGUCAUUCAUUGUAGCUGGUCUUUAUGUUGAAGUGAAGAUCAAGUCCUCAUAGGCUCUUAGAAUCGUGGGCGAUGAUUAUGGAAGCUAAGGGAAGGCUUUGAUACCUUGCCAUCCAAAGAAAGCUGUAUCCAAGCUGUUAAGAAAAAUUGGGUUUUUGUUGGCUUUCUUUACAUGGUUGGAAACUCGAACUCAAUUACUGCUCUUCUCAAACCACAUUGAAAUUGAAGACCCUGAUUUUAAGAUUUCCUGUGGGCACACACUGGUGAAAUAUUUGGAUAAAGCAAACUGAGUAAUCAUCCAUUUAUUAUGGGAAAGAGAUCGCAAAGACACCCUGUUCGAUAUGAAAAGGAUCCAUCAGGAUGUAUGUGGGGUUUGAUUGGUAUCUUUGAUUUUCGUCAUGGUCGAACAACUCAGAAGUUGGUCACAGAUAGGAGACGUGGUGGCAGGCAUGCCUCUGGUGCUGCAAAUUCAAGAAAUAAGCAUGACAAGUUGAUUCAUCUCAAUGAAAACUGUCAAGGAACCCCUGAUGGUGAAGAGGGUGCAAAGCUGGUGGCUGAUGCUAAUAAACCUAGUGUGAAGGAACUUAUAGAAGAAGAAAUGUUCAGUGAUCAAGACACCGGGAAAGAGGCUAGUAGUGCUUUAGAAAAGAGAAAAACUGACACAGAAAAUGGCAGCCAAAACAAGAGGAACCACAAGAAAACAAACGGAACUCACAGUAGAAGUUGUGAUAUAGAUGCUGCUAAAAAUUUGGAACCUGAGCACAGUUGUCUGGAGAAGUUGGAGAAAGAAUUUAUAAAUCAUGUCGAUAUGGAAAAAAUAAUGGAGAAGUUGUGCCAGCGGAUCAAAUUAAUGAGUUCUUUGAACCAUGAGCAACAUGCUGAAGUUAAUUCACAGCCAAACCAAAAGAUUCAGGACCUGAAAGAAAAAAUGGGCAGGGUGAUCGAGUUGUUUAUAACUCAAGAGAUCAUUAGUGUGAAUCAUAUCGCAGAAGAUGGGGAUGUUCACCUUCCUGAGAAUCUUAUUAAUGUACUUCAGAUAUUGUGUGCAGAUGAUGAAUUGUUUCUAAAACUUGUGCAAGAUCCAUCAUCAAUUUUGAUUAAGUAUGGUCAUUGCAUGCAAAAUACUUCGGUGGAGGAAGGAGAAGACUCAAAGACACUUGUAGGACCUAAAGUGUCAGACCACGAGCCCAGAAACUCAAGACAAUCCGAUGAGCUUGUCAAGCGUAAACAGCGUAAAUUUUUCAGGAGAAAGGCCAAGUCUAUGGAAAUUCCCGUAUCAAAGGGAAGUAUGACUUCUCCCCAAGCUUCAAAUACAAUCAUUAUAUUGAAGCCAGCCUUGCAAAAUUCAGAAACUGAAAGCUGUAUUGGUUCAUCACCAGAUUCUCAUCCCAUCGUCAGAAACAAAGGUCCAAGUGAAAGAAUUGGUUCCCAUUUUUUUAUCACUGAAAUUAAAAGAAAGUUGAAAAAUGCUAUGGGAAAGGAGAGGCCCGAAAUCUACACUGAUGACGUUCUAAGAACUUCAUAUGAGAGUCAUCAUUUGGGGGCUAAUGACAAAGGAACAAAGGAAAACGUUGGAAUGAGUUCACCAAGAAAAGAACACUUUAUUGAAAGAAUCGCCAGACCUUCCACAGGCUUCAAAAAAGGAGACAAGAUCAGCAAGCUGAAACACUGUGAAACAGCUGUGGAAAAUGAAGCUGCUAGGUUUUCCAAGCAAAGAAUGUCUAAUAUCUAUGUUGAGGCCAAGAAACAUUUUUCUGAGAGGCUAAAUAUGAGGGAUGGGGAUGUUGUCUCUUCCAGCAGACAAGUUCCCAAAACCCUUGGUAGGAUUCUCUCCCUUCCUGAGUAUAACGCUUCUCCUUUUGGUAGCCCUGGGAGAGACUGGGGGCAUGGUUUCGUGACUGCACAAAUGAGAUUGACCAACUCUGACAAAUGUCAAAAGCAUGAGAAUGGUUUCAGCCAUGAGGCUCUGUUGGCACAAAACUUAGAAAGUCAAUCCAGCAUCUCUGAUGCCAAUGCUGAUAAUGCAGUACAACCUCGUCCUAACCCAACUAUGGAGAACGUGAGUGAGGUUGUUAUUGAUAAUGAAGGUACCAUUUCUUCAGUUAUGGACAAGUUGACUUGUCAAGGUGAUGAGAUUUGUAGAUCAGCCGAUAUUGCCGUCGAGGAAGAAAUUAUAUCCUUCAGUACUCCUCCUCAACCAAGCGUCUCUACAGACAUUACUAUAGAUGAACAAGAUGGUGAUAUCUGUGAAGCAUGUGAUGAACAAAAAAAUUCAGAAUGCCAGGAGACCUGUGAAGGGAAAGAACAAACAUUUUCUCCACCAGCAUCUCCAUCCAAUGCUUCAAUAACCAAGGCAGUUGAAGAUGUAGAGACUACUGUGUAUAUACCAGAGCGACCAAGUCCAGUAUCUGUUCUUGAGCCGCUGUUCACAGAGGAUGAUAUCAGCCCCUCAAGCACAAAGUCCGAAUCUGCUGAACUUCCAGUGCAACCACUACGAAUUCAAUUUGAAGAGUGUGACUCGUCGACUACAGAAGACAUCCAUUUGAAGACUUGUGUGGACGACAGUGAGCAAAUUGUUGAGUACAUAAGAGCGGUGCUGCAGGCCUCAGACUUGAAGUGGGAUGAAGUAUAUUUAAUGUCCAGUACUUCAGAACAGCUUCUUGAUCCAUUAUUGUUUGAAGAGCUGGAAAUCUCUUCCGAUCAGCUUUGUCACGACAGGAUGCUGCUCUUUGAUUGUAUUAAUGAAGUUCUCGUGGACUUGUAUCAGCCCUACUUUGGUUGCUCCCCUUGGUCAUCAUUUGUGAAACUGAGUAUUAGGCCUGUCCUUGAGAUGAAAAACGCUACUCUUGAGGUUUGGAAGGGAGUUAAUUGGCAUCUAAUCCCAUUGCCGCUGCCUCACACUUUGGAUCAGAUUCUCAAAAAGGACAUGGCUAAAACUGGAACAUGGAUGGAUCUUCGAUUUGAUACUGAAAGUAUCGUUUUUGAGAUGGGUGAAGUCAUUUUUGAAGAACUGAUGGAAGAUACCGUGCUAAGCUGUAUAAAUGGAAGUUCAGAAACUGGUGAACUGUUGCUUCUGGAUGAGAUAAAGGAAAACAGAAAUGCUGUGAUUACUUGAUAGACAAACAAAUCAUGUAUCUGUGUACAAAUAAUUGACCUGCCCUGCGUCUGAGUGGGAAGGAGAAAAUAAGCAAGUAAUUUCUUGUGCAUAUGAAGGAUAGGAGUGCCACCAAGACAGGAGGGACCUCAUCUAACAUUCUCGAGCUGUCCAGUUUACAACUUCACAUUGUGUUUGCUUAUUCUUGGAAGAGAUCCUAUUGCAGGAAUGAUGGGCAGACAUUGCGGAACUGCCCGUACAAGUUCUUUUCUUCUUAUACAGAAAAAGAAAUAUUCCAUUAAGCUUUUGAUGAUGUUGAUAAUGAGAGAUGACAACUUGGUCGUUCUUACUUCUUACCAUUGUAGAAUAUGUGGAGUUUGGUGUGUGCAUUGAGGUUUUCUGGGUUUCCCCUUGCUUCAUUUAUUUCUUUUGUUGACCUUUCUGGGCUUUUGCUGCUGUAUUUACAAAAUUUGAAGUGUUGUGAAUGGUGACUACUACUUUACAUGACUCUGUAAUAGUAAUUUCAUAGUAGCUGUUGUUGUGGUUUAAGCUAAUAAAAAUCAAAAUAGAGGAAAA